GUCCUACAGCCUGCUGAAGCAACACACACCUCUUUAGCAUGCACUGGUCUACGGUGCUGUACAAUGCUGCUGAGCGAUUCGACGGCGGUGCUCGCAGCUUCCCUCUCGCCAGCGAAGCGAAUUUCAGCAGCAAGUAUAGGUAUGAACCGCCGAAUGAGGACUACAAGAAGCUCUUCUUCUGCCAAGCAACCAUCUCACGCUCGCAGCGUGAUCCAGAUGCUCGUCCGCACAGCGCAGGAUGGCUGAUCCCCACCCAUGACGAUGCCAGCGUCUGCAAGCCCGUCUUCAUUGCCCACUCCGUCUUGUCGGCGAUCUGGCUUCUGCGCGAGACGCUCGCCAACGACGUCCUGCCUAACGGUAUCUGGGACCGUCUGGUCUGCGCGGCCCAGUCGCUCGCAGAAGAUGGCACAGUGGAGCCGCCGUCUGCGCAGAAGCCGUCUGCCUCCCCUCUAACCCAACGCAAGAAACGACCAGCACCCUCUGCACCAGCGCUGUCGCCCAAGCGCGCUCGCGCAGAAGCGGUCGAGACGCCGGCAGCCAGCCCUCAGCCAUCCAAGCAACUCAGCGAACUGGAAGAGCAGCCAGGAGAGCAGCCCGGAGAGCGGCCAGUAGAGGAGCCGCGCACCACCACCACAGUCACGAACAACAACCGCCGCGCUGAGCGGGAACGCAUCAAGAAACACGAAGCUGCCCUGAUAGAGCGCAGCCUGGAUCUUGGCCUCGUCGCGCCAGACCAGCAAGCAGGCGACGAUGAACGUGGCGCCUACGCGUCCAUAUCCUCCAAGGACAAGGAGGUCAUAUCGUGGCUUUUCAAGCAGGAAGCCGUAAGCGGCAACAAGAAGAAGUUGAACUUCUACAACGCCGUCAAGACGCCUUACCUAAAGGCACGCGAGUUCGUGGCCAAGGCGCGCGCUCUUGGGAGCUCGUCGUCUCAAGAGCACGCUGCCCACUUCCUCCAGGUCUGGCGAAAGCGCGGAACGCUCUUCAGUGGCGGAGUGGCUGCGCGGUACAACGCCCCUUCUUCGCAGCUGCAGCGUUUGCGUGCAAUGUUGGUCAAUCCCUCACAGCAGAGCAGCGCAGAUCGAGCGUUCUGCUCCGCGUGGGAGCGGUGCAACGUCUACAACGAGGUGAUGAAGUCAGUGCACAUCGAGUACAGGUGGGCGCAGGCGCUCUUGGGCAAGGCGUUGGCCGACAAGCUAGCGCAGAUCGAACACAGCGACAAGCUCGUCAGCAGCGACAAGACAAAUCGAUUCGGCAAGGGCCUCCGCCGAACAGAGGCUAUAGACUCUCUCCUGCACUUGGUCAACUCCAACCCCAACCCUUCUAAGAAAGAGCAGGAUCUCUUUCGGGCGCGGCUCGCUAGAGCAUUCAAGUGGUACAGGGUGGCUGAAGGCCUGGGCUGGGGCGUGCUCUUGGUCAUGCCAGACGACGCCAUACCGAAGACUUGGAUCGAGCACGAGAUCCGCUCCUGGGGCGUCGACGUCUUCAUCGAGCUGGUCAGGAAGGAGCGUCCGGAUGUCUGUCUCGCAGCUAAGCAAUUCGAUGAAUGGUUGGGCCCAGAGGGCAUUGCGGGAGGCGAGAUCAAGGGGAAGAAAACGCUGAGCAUCGAGGUCAAGGCUCCAGAGACGACUUGCGAGGUGGAGGAGAUUAAGGACAGCGAAGACGACAGCGAGGAAGAAGAGGAAGAAGAGGAAGCAGACAGGCGCGUUGAGAUUGCGCAGUCGCAGGUUCGCUUCAAGAGCGCGCCAGCGGCGUCUCUGCGCCAGACAACACUGCCUGAGCUGUUUAAAGCUAUAUAGCAUGAGCGUUGGUGUAUUGUAUUGAGUUGUGGUUGCUAGCGCUUGUUGUAUGUUAUGGUAUAUAGUUAGUCUCUACGCGCGCGGGGGCGCCGCUCGCUUACAAGUGGGAAGGGGCCGGCCCCGCGAACCACCAACCUCACCUCCAACCCGCAACGUCAUCUACUUUUCCAUCCACGCAGUGGUCGUGCAGCGAUCCUGAAAAGUGCAAAAUGCGCGCAGGGUUCGGUUGCACCUCUUCGCCGGGUCGCAUCCAGCCGGCAGCGUGGCGCUGGGGUCUAAUUCUAUUGUUGAAGCAGUAAAUGAAUUAGGGUCGCCCCGCCCUACAAACCGAAGGGGCCGCACGGGCCGCAAACAAAUAAAUUAGGGUCUAAUUCGAAAAGCAUUGACUGUCAGGGCCCACCACCCACCCUUUAAUCUUAUAUGCUCUAAUUCUAUUUUCUAUACCUUUAUUACUUACU